AUGACAAGUGAAUACAAAGAUUAUAAUAAUGGACUAUCAAAUGGGAGAGUACUCAACUUUGGUGCUGGUCCGGGUGUAUUGCCUGAAGAAGUACUAUUAGUAGCUCAAAAAGAACUAAUGAAUUAUCAAGGUAGUGGAAAGAGUAUUAUGGAAAUGUCACAUAGAGGUAAAGAAUUCUCAAAGGUUUUAGAUGAUCUUAAAGCAAACUUAAUAUCAAUCAUGAAAAUACCAGAUAAUUAUGAUGUAUUAUUUUUACAAGGAGGUGCAACAAGUUUGUUUGCAGGUAUUCCAAUUAAUCUUUGCAAGGAUUCAAAUUCGGUUGCUGAUUACAUUGUCACUGGAUCGUGGUCGAAAUCAGCCUUUAAUGAAGCCAAACAUUAUUGUAAACCACAUGCAGUCGUAGAUUCAGAGAGUCUCAAGUUUAAAAAGGUACCGGGUGUUGGUGAAUGGAAAUUCUCAAAGGAUGCUGCAUACGUCUACUACUGUGACAAUGAAACUGUACAUGGUGUUGAACUCCACGAACAAGUGUACAAUCAUGUUCCAGAGGGUGUACCAAUUGUAUGCGAUGUCUCGUCCAACUUUCUCUCCAAACCAAUCGACGUCUCCAAAUAUGGUGUUAUUUUUGCUGGUGCACAAAAGAAUGCUGGUAUUGCCGGUAUUACCAUUGUCAUCAUUAGAAAGGAUCUACUUGAUCGUACUAAACCUCAUGUUCCAAAUAAAAAGAGUCAACAAAAUUCAGUUGAUAAUACUCCACCAACUUUUAAUUUAUAUAUUACUGGGUUGGUAUUAAAAUGGAUCAUUACAAAUGGUGGUUUGGAAGAGAUGGGUAGAAGAAAUGAUAUCAAAUCAAAAAAACUUUAUGAAUUUCUUGAUAAUUCAAAUGGUUUCUAUGUAUGUAAUAUUGAAAAGGAUUUUAGAUCAAAAAUGAAUGCAUGUUUUAGAAUUAAAACAGGCGAUGAGGCAUUGGAAGAGAAAUUAUUCAAAGAGGCACAACAAAAUGGCAUCACUGAUAUUCGUGGACACAGAUCAGUUGGUGGUGUAAGAGUAUCAUUGUACAAUGCAAUGAAUAUCCAAGGUGUUGAAAUAUUACUUGAAUUUUUGAAAAAGUUUAUGCAAGAAAAUAAAUAA